UUUAAUUUAUUAAAAAGAAAUCUUUCAAAAUCAAAGGGGCUUACAUUACAAUUUCCUGAUUGCUCACGAUUUCGUUAACAUUUUUCCUUACAAUUUCUCAACGAAAUUUUAAUUAAUUAAAGGGCCUUCAAAUACAAAAAGAAGUCUUUAUGAUUAUGUUUCCUAAAUUCGUACUGAGUACGUAGACAAGAUCAAGGCCAGAGAGUACCUGUAAUUAGUCAUUAAAGUCAACAACCUUGGAUAUCAACACGCGGCGGGAGCACCCGGCCUAGGCAGCAGCCGCGUCUAUCUAGCCUGCGUGCACGCAGCCCGCUGCAUCGGAGGGCCCGCAAGGUGCGCCGCCUCUAGCCGUCUUUUUUCAUUUGCGUGCGUCUUUUUUUGGCAUCGCGCGUUAACCUUGGAUUUUUUCAUAGCGAAGCGCAGCACGUACGCGCGCAAGUAUCGGAUAGUCGUAGAGCGUCCCCCACUCGUUCGGCGCGUCCGAAUUUUCUGCAUUCGGCGGCGCAAAGAGUUUUCGGCUGUCGCAUUCGCGAGCGAGGCUCCCGACGGCUAGGAGCGACGCGAGCGCACACGGACCGAGCGGCGCGCGCGCUGCAACAUGCGGAAGUGAACCAGCGACCGUCGCUGAUGAUACCAGUGAACCUCCAGUGUAACAGUGAACACGCACGCUCCCAGUGAUACAAACUAUGAUAGUUGUGCAUUGCUCGACAGAGCACUGAUGGUUUUCUAUUAACGAUACAAAGGACUGUGGAAUUUACAAAAUGGAAUCGAGGGCAGGUAUCCGAGGCGGCCCGGGCAUGGACUCCCAACAGCAGCAGUACUGCCUGAAAUGGAACAGCUUCGGCUCCAACCUGGCCACCUCGUUCGCGAACCUCUGGAACUCGGAGAGUCUCGCAGACGUCACUCUAUACUGCGAAGGUCGCCAGUUCAAAGCACACAAGGUGAUCCUGGCAGCUUGCAGCAAGCACUUUCAAGAGUUGUUCGACACGGCACCCCCCAGCCAUGCGGGCGCCUGUUACGUCAUCCUGGAGGCCACCACGGCGGACAACAUGCAGGCCCUCCUCGAAUUCAUGUAUAAGGGGGAGGUGCAUGUCAGCCAGGACGCCCUAUCGAGUUUCCUGAAGAGUGGGGAGAAUUUGCAGGUGAAAGGUUUGUCAAUGGAAAUGUCCCAAGAUGCUUGGGUGAAGCAGCAGACCCAGCAAUCGGGAGGGGAUCGUCACCAGGCUCGCAUCAAAACCAGCCCGGUGUCAGGAUCGGGCAACUGCGAGGUGCAGGAGUCUGCUCCUCCGACUCACACGGCCACCUUCGCGCCGGUCAUGCCUCAGUACGGCAUGCCCAUACAUGGUGGUAGCGGCAACAUCGGCAGAUAUGCACCGCCAGCUCAUCAUGUACCCAUCCACUCGACGACUCAUCGACGACCGGCACCGCCCAAACCCUCGCCAAGCCCACACACUAGGAAUUAUAGGCAAAGCUCAUCAUCAUCGCACUGCGGCAGCGUAGUCGACGAACCGGACACUCGCUCGUCGCCCGGCGCCGGCACACGCUUCGAAGACAACCCGCCCGACUGUACCUCGACCCUCAGCAACCCGAUCAAGAACAACGGCUACGAACGCAGCGCUUCGGUCAACGACGAAAUGAUAGAACGCCUCUCCAACGACCAAGGUGCAGAAGAUCUACGGGUGAAAAGUGAGAACGACUAUCACCCAACCGGAUACAACAACUCGCCGCCACCGCCGACCCCCCUGCCGCCCGCCAACUACCACGAUAAGCCGAUCGCGACAUCACCCGUGCCACCCAAGCCUGGCCCCGACCUUUGGCCCGCGAAAAUGAUUACGAGCAAAUCUGGAGGCAUCGCUACUGCUGAUGGUAAAAAACUGAAGUGUCCAUAUUGCGAGCGGCUGUACGGUUACGAGACAAACCUCCGCGCGCACAUCAGGCAGCGGCACCAGGGCAUCCGCGUGCCCUGCCCGCACUGCAGCCGCACGUUCACGCGCAACAACACCGUGCGCCGCCACAUCGCGCGCGAGCACCGCCACCAGGUCACGCCGCACCUGCCGCAGGGCCCGCUGCCCAACCACACGCAGUAAGCGCGCCGCCGGCCGCCCGGGAUCGCUGACGUUACAUCUUUAACGCGGUCAGCCAACGCGUCGCACCCGCAUGCAACUGACGCCCGGACAGUUUGAGACGCCUGAUUAGAAAACAUCUUUAUGACAACUGAAUGCGAAUUUCGAAUUGAAUUUUUAAUUAACUUUGGAAUUUUGUGCGGUAUUGUUGCAUAGCGCGUGUGACGCGGCGGCACGGUGUACCCGGGCCCAGCGCGCCGCGUCUCGAAGCGCGUACAAUAAAAUACCUCGUCGAUGCAUAUUAUGUAAUCAAUGAUCUACCUCAAAAUUGAUCUUAAGAUUUUUUAAGGUUUUUGAAAUUGUGCGAUAAUUGUUACUUAAUUUAAUAUUUCGAGUGUGACUUCGGACGGUCGCUCAGAGGUCGUCUCCGUUCGGUACCGUGUUUCAAAAAUAUUGUACCUUGCGUCUGCACCCGUUGCGUUGGAGUACCUUGAUUUGUUUGCGAAUGUCCUAGUAUAUGUCCGGAUGACUGUGAGAUGAAGUUACCUUUGUAGACGAUUUAUUUUGAGCUCUCGGUCGAGUACGACAUAGCUUAUAUUAUAUUACCUGAGCUAGGGAAUCUUAUAGAUGAUGUUGAGACUGAUGGUCAUAGGCUAAGUGUAUGUAAAUAAUAGGAGAAUGUUGUAAAUCGCCGUGGCCUAGGUUGAAACAUGAUUUAAAGUUACAUUGUGGCAAAACUACCUCAGUUUUUAUUGAUUAUAUUAUAUUAUUUUACAUUCAUAUUACACUACACUAUACUCGUAUGACAAUAGAUUAUGUACCAGGUUUAAGUUGCAUAUUUUAUUCUGACACAACUGUGAUACAAUAGGAAACGGGCUUUAUACUUAAAGAUAUAUCUUUUAUUUUAUUUUGCCACUUUGUCGUUUUAAGGAGAAGGUAAAACGUGCGGGACAUACGAAUGUAGGGUUUCUGCAGUUUUUUACUGUACAGUGAAUUUGAAAGGUUUUCGUUUUGUACAAAGUACAAUUUGCCCUAGAUACAUAAGUAGUUAGGUAAAGAAACGUUAUAAAAUGUGCAUGUAAGGUGUGAUGCAUGAAUGGUGUUUCAAUCCAUUUCAGUCGUUCGCUCCAGGCUCGCCUGCGCGAAUGUUACUAUUGAGACCAAAUAAUUAUAUGUUUCUAUGGGAUGGUGUCGAUUUUAACAUUCCGUUUUGAUGUUUUAUUUCAUAGUACAUUUAGAUGAAGGCCACUUACUACUUCUAUAUUCCUAGUCAUUGAAGUGCAACCAGUUGAGAUUUUAAAGAAAAUAAUAGUUUAAUAAGGGCCGGGGGCCGCGAGUAUUAUAAUGUUGUGCGGGCCCCGCCUUCGACGACGGGACAGUGCCAAAUAACCUCAAUUUUAAGUUCACAUCUACUAUUUAUUUUAUAUUUUUGUUAAGUGUGAAUGUAGCGACUGUGUGUGUUAUUCCUGAUAUUUAGGAAUAGGUUGCAUUCAUAUUUAUUAUAUUUAUAUUUUAGGAUACACAAUUGAAUAUAUUUUAUGAGAAAUGCUUUAUGAAGGCUCAGUGACUUUUUUUAAUGCUAUAGAUUUUGUUACUCGUACCAUUUGGAAGACAGCGUUUUAGUUAUCUUUUGAUGGGCUGAAGCUUACUCGUUUUUAGAAUACACGAAAGAUGCUGAGUAUUGUCCUAUAUGCUAUAUCAAUAUACCGAAGAGAAGCUAUAGUGUAUUGUACCUACUCGAGAUGUCAAUAUUAUAUUUUUAGAAUCGAAUAAGCAGGCUAUUACUCUAUUUACACAACUGAUAUUUUACUAUAAUCUCUGUCCUCACGAAUAUUUUUUACCGCAGAAGUUAUACAGGGUGUAAGGGGUCAGCAAAACCUUAAACAGUGAGAUCAGACGUCUGAAUUGAAGACUUGAGACUUGACUUUUUUGAGUAGUCAAUGAAAAAUCUUACCUAUGUAUUUUUUAAAGUACACACUUUGAAUAUAAAUACAGCAAUUUUUCAACUUUGAUACAAAAGAAGAAGUAUGUUGUACAACGAGGAGAGUAAAAAGCAAACCAAAAUAUUUUUUUGCCUAUGAUUUUAAUUCAAAGGUGUUGAUUUACUUUUAAGACUAUUCAGAGCACUCAUUUCACUGUUUAUGUUUUGCAAAUUUAUUCUUGACACCCUGUAUUAAAGGUGAAUCUGCAUUGAUUUCUGGUUCGUCUAGGUGGAGGGUCCGGGGAGUUUGCAUUGGUGAGACUUCACAGACUCAUAGCUGUCCUGUCUGGAAUUUGAAAAUAGAAUUUUGCGAUGUUUUUUUAUUUUUGCGCUGGGUGAAUCACAACGGCCUACUGUCCCUCAAAUGGCAAUUGUCUUUUAGACCUUAUAGUCGUUGUAAUAAGAUUGUUUUAUUAUUUUGUAGCAAUCUUACGAUUUGACUAACAUUUAGUUACCAAAACAUUUAAUAUGAUUUUGAUGAUAAACCUAAAGCACGACAAUUUUUGGGACAUGAGUUGGUCUCCAUUUUCACCCUGUAUAAAAGGUACUGAUUCUUUAUUCUAGGUUUCAUAUGCGCCAAUCAUUUUACUAGUAUACUAUAAUGGAUUGCACGUGUAUUUGGUUGAGGGUGAUAAUGAAUUUGAUGUUAUCGAAUUUGGGUCUUGGGUGGCUUGCAUUAAGAAUCAGUUUUUUCAAUAAGUUUGCAUUUAGAUUAUUUUUCUAUUGUACUGCUGAAGAUUAUCGCACAUAUUUUAUUUACGGUUAGUUUGUCUGUGACGUCUGGGUUCGUUUGGAUUGAGUUACAUCCCUAAGGAGUUGGGUUUCCGAUUACGAGCACUUUUAGAAUAACACACCUGGGUGUGUGAGUGGUGAAAAGUAUAAAACGAUCAAAAUUAUAGGCAUUCGAGCGAAGUGUCAAACGGAAACGAUCGGUCAGUAGCUCGGCUAUACACAGCACUAAACUACUUUUGUAUUUGGCCGAGUAUAAUUUAUUGUAUAAAAAUCAUUACUUCUUCAUAUUAUUGGAUUUUUUUCGGUAAGUGUAUAUUAUUGUUAAGACAAUGUUUUGCUAUUUCGAACGAAAAUUUGUUAACAUUUAUGUUUUAUUAUUAUUGGAAACAAAAACUAUUUUUGUCCUUUCGUUUUUUUUUCUUAUGAAUUAAAAAUUCAUAGUUGUGAUUUCUUUUCGACAUUUAAUGUUUUUUGUGAUACGUAAAAGAGAAUUGCAUUAAUGCAUCAUGUUUUAAGCUUUUUAUUAUUUUCUUUCGGUUAGUAAGACCAUGGGUAUAAGUUACGAUUAUGAGUGAUCGUUAGGGGCUUGAAAUCAAUUGGAUUUGCUUUUAUCUAAAAUGAUAAGGUACAAACUUUAGAUUACACUAUCACGCGUCAAUUCUUUAUUUGUGUAGUUUUGUUUUUGAAGGAAAUUUCACUUUACCUAAUGUAAAAAUGUUUCGUAUACCUUGAUAUAGGUAUUUGCAUAUAACACGUGUAAAUUAAGUUGAUGCAUUGUUAAAGCUAAUUAGUGGACAAGUAAGUGUUCCCUAAUAGUCGUAAUGUUGUAUUUGGUGUGAUAAGUAAAUCACGUUUAGUCGGUGUAUUGCAAUCCCCCCGUUUUAAGACUUGGGCCGAUUUCCCUUAGUUUUGUUGCUGUAACCCUGUUGGAAAGCAAAGGUUGGACAAAAGUGAAGUGUUUACGCUGGUAUACGAUAAGCAUCUUGAUCCAACAUUUGGUCAAACAUCACAGUAAAGUAUCCAAUGUUGGUGAUUAAAUUGGACGUAAUGCGACCUGUACGGCUAGCACGAAAAACUUUCGAGUUCGAAUCGUUUGCGUAUUCGAAUCGCCAUCAAAAGAUUUAGUACGAAAACUACAACAGCGCCCUUGUGAAGGUGUCAUAAAGUGAACUUAGUACGAGAAAUGGUUGCACGAAACAUUUUGAGAAUCAAAAUUGUCACGUUAUCGUUGAAUUCGAAGGUUGAGUAUCGAAUUCUGUCGAAUACGCAAACGAUACGAAGACGAAAGUUGUUCAUGAUAGAGGUACUGAUAUUGGACUAGUUUGCUAGUCUCGUUACCACUGGGUCGUCAGUCGAUAAGCUCUUUUGUGUUAGUUAAGUUUAGAUUAGUUUCUUUAUUUGUAAAUAAAUCGCGAUAAUGUCGUGAUGGUAAAGCCAAAGAUUGUUACGGGUAUGGUGACCCUCUGCCGUCACAUGGGCCUUGUACAGAUUUUACAUUCGAUUGGUUGAAAAUUAAUAUCUUUUCGCUGGUCGAUAACAUUGGGCAUUUAAAAUCAGUAAAAACGAAUGUAGACUCAUGCGGGGCCCUCUUAGGAUAAGUCUAUCUACCUCGAGGAGUAAACCUAGUUGUAAGUGUAAGCUUAUAGAUUUUUUAUA